AUGCGCAAAAUAGCUCCCAGAUGUCCCGGUAAAGCUCGUGGACCGCCAUUGUCGGAACUGAAUUUUGCCAAAGAUGACACCGCACUGAGGACAGACAAAAGGGGGAUCCCUCAAAUAAGGACCAACCUGUCGCCGACGCUGAAAAUGGGUGCAGCAAUACUAAAGAUAGGAACAACGAUAGCUACAAUUGCAAUUGCAGGUAAAUAA